AUGGCGCCCGGCAUUUCGGCCUGGGAGGACGUGCAGCGCGAGCGGCGGGUGUGGGCGGCGCUGCCGCCGCACCCGAACGUGGUGCGGGUAUUCGAGGCCAUUGCGGACCCCGACAGUCCUAAAAUGUAUAUUGUCAUGGAACUGCUUUCCGGAGGCAACAUCCUGGCCAGGGACGCGUCGUCGCCGAGCCCGACGCUCGACGAGGACACGGGGCGCGUCGUGCGCCCCGAGGGCUCGCCUGGGUCUACGCUGUCGGAAGCAGACGUGCUCAGGAGAGUGCAAGGGGCCUUGAAGGGGCUGUCUCAUUUGCAUGCGUGCGGGAUCGUGCACGGCGACGUGAACCCGCGGAACCUGCUGCUCACUGCGUCGGGGGACGUCAAGGUCGCGGACCUGAGCGCGUGCCUGCAGGCGUUCCGCGGCAGCGACGCGGUCGACCGCACGACUGGCGCGCCGGCGUUCACGGCCCCGGAGGCCCUCCGCGGCGGAUCGUGGUCGGGCUACGCCGCCGACAUCUGGUCGCUGGGAGUCACGAUUUACCUAUUGUUGUUCAACUGCGUUCCCUUUUGGGGCGCCUCGGUCCUGGACGUGUACAGCGCGAUCGAGCGACCGCGUUCCGGACUCCCGCGGCGAGGCUUGGACGCGCCCAGCGACGGCGACGCAGAGCCGGCGGAGCAGGAGCGUGGAAGUCGGGAAAAAGAGACUGCGGAUGAGUCCGGUGCGGUGGAACAGGCCGGGUGGUCGCGUGAGCUGCUCGGGCUCGUCGAAGCGAUGCUCGAGCCGGACCCGGCGAAGCGUCCGCGGUGCGAGGACCUCCUCGCCCGCGCGGCCCUCUGCGCCUCGUAA